GAGCUUCUGUCUGUCUGUGGGAUAAAGUUAGAGGAGCAACUCUGAAUCAACUCCUCUCUGGAUAGCUCUCUCGCGCGUCUCUGCCGCUCGUCAUCACAGUGCCAUCUCUCAGUAUUCACCAUGGAGGAAGGUAACCCCGGGCUGCCCGAUCUGAGAGAUAUAGAGACUAAGCUGGGGCUGAAGGUCCCGGAUGGUCUGAUCCGCUCUCUGUAUGCAGGGAAGCCGCAGGAGAGGAGCUCUCUGUGCGCACUGUCCGCUAACAGUGCGGACCUGCAGAGGCUGCAGAGCAAGAUGCUGUUCCUCAGACAGGAAAUGGCACACCUGCGAGCCAUCGACGUGAAGCUGAUGCAGCAGCUCAUGUCCAUCAACGAGGGCAUCGAGUCGGUACGGUGGCUGAUAGAGGACAAAGGGGGCGCUGCCAGUCAGGAGGGCAGCCUGACGGGCAGCCUGUACAGCCUGACAGACAGCCAGGAGGGGGGCUCGCUGCAGGGCAGCCUCAGCAGCCUGAACGAUGGGGGCAGCGACGGGCUGGACGCUCUGUCUGUGGGCAGUUACCUGGACACUCUGGAGGACCUGCCCGACGAACCCUCGCCCACAGAUCUCGACAGUUUUAUGGAAAAAACGGUUAUCGAUGGUGACACUUUCAGCAAGUCGCCUCUGAAACUCAGGGUUGAAUCAGAUGAAUACUACUGCUUUGGAUAAUGAUCAGCUAAACACAGAGACUCCUGAGAUAUCCUGUGUGGAGAAAGAUUUUAAAAAGUCUUAUUUUUUCCCAACAUGCUUUACAUUUUCUGUUACCAAAUGUCUCCUUACAAACACACCUCACCAAACCUUAACGUUGCACCAAAUUGUGAAAACUGUCUCACAAUUCUUUAUGUCUUAAUAUUUUAUUGUGCAGGUCAAUUCAAUUAUAAAGGUGCUGAUUUUAUUUAUUGUGGAGUUAUCUAAUACCUCAGCAGUUUAUUUUCAAACUUAGUGUACUAAAAUUCCUGAAGAUGGGGUGAUUAAAAGUAGUCUUCCUUAUCUGUGGACAAUGUAUUGUUGCGUUAGGUCAAGCACAAUCUUAGUGAAGGAGUAGAUUAGGAUUUAGCAGCCAUUUGGAAAAUUGGACAUUUCAUGCUGAGUUGGUAAACCGUUUAAAGCUGAAGUGUUAAAGCAGCAAAGUGCAAUUAGCUUCCAUGCCAAAUUCAGAGCACCGCCUACUAUAAAGCUUUUAAUGAUUUCUUACUGAACUGUUUCGACUGAUGGGAGUUCCUUACUCACGAGAUUAGCAGCACAUCCAAAGAACAGAUGCUUGACUGAAAACAGAGCGAUGUGAUGGUCUCACAGAUAAUUCAGGCCUGAGGCAGAGAUGUAUUAAUGGUGGACAGAUGGGAAACACGUGUUUGCUUUGUGGGCACACUUUAAUUCUCUGUCACAAAAAAUAGCGUUACAUGUUUCAGCUUUACAUUUUGAAUUUUUAUACUUUUAUGCUUCUGAAAUGUUUUUAUUGAUUGCUGUUGAUGUUGUUGUGGAAAUGAAAUAAUACAUUUAGAUUCUCCUUCUGCUCACAUUGUGUUAUUCUUUAAUGGGAAAAA